GAUAUUAUAGAUAUCUAUUUAAACCUUUACAAUAAAAGAUCAUCUCUUUGCAGUGUGAAAAUAAGUUGGGCGCGCCGCGGACUACUAAGUGGGGUCUUCUUGCAUGCCCGUCCUUGUUACCAUAGAAACCGUACUACAGUGCUGUGGUGAUCUUCAGUGCUAAACGGAACCAAUUCAGCAUGUUAUACAAGCAAGAGCGUUUUACAUUUUUAUAUAGCCUUCAUAUAGUCGCUAAAGAUGUCACCACACAAAGAUAUUAAAUUUCCACCUCUAACGCCGUCACAAAAACAAAGACUUACAACUGACCAUAGUGCACAAAAAUGCACUCUUCCCACGUCAAAGGAGAGCCAAGAAGAAGAAAGUGUUAAAGCUGUUUUUGCCCAACCAUCUUCAGCGAGAAAGUUAUCCUGGACAGGAAGCAGUUACAUUUAUGCAAGCCCAGGAAGAAAGCCCCAACUCCUGAUGCAGCUGGAGAGCUAUGUGAAGAAGAGGCUGCACAUGAUCAACCCACAUGAGCCAGAAUAUCAGGAACUGAAACUACAGGUCUACCGCAAAGUCUUUGGUUGUUUCAUCAAAGAGUUCAAAACUUAUCAACCACUUCUCUCUGCCAUCAAAAAGGAAUAUGAAAACACUUUAGCAUAUCAGCAGAAUCAAAUCCGAGAACUGAAACCACUGCGAUCCCAUCUGAGGCUGGUGACAGAGGAAUGUGACAGGAAGAUUCUAGCUCACUGGGAAGAGGAGCACACUGAAAUUGGAGCCUUGAAAAGGGAGAAGCAGGAACUACAGAGGAACAUUGAUGCCAUGAGGGAGAAAGAAAAGGCCAUGCAGGCAGUGGUGGACCAUCUACAGUCUGAACUGUCUAACCAGUAUGUGAAGUACCGGUAUGAGUGUGAGGCCCGCAAGUUGCUAAUCUGGCAGCUCAAUGAGCAAACAAGAGGCUCUGCGAAGGAGGAGCAUUCUGCCUAUGAAAAUGCAGAGGAAAAGGACCCAGUGGAGCUGCAGCUUUCUCUGAAGGUGUGUCAGGAAGACCUGACUAAAGUGCAGGAGGAGCUCAACAGGAUGAAGGCGGAGUACUGGGAUGUUGUCCCUCAACUGAAGUGCGACACCCUGGAACAAACACACAGACAGACUCUCCUGCAGUUGAAGACACUGCAGGGUGACUUUAAUUGCUUGAAGAGAGAGUAUGACACCCUGCUAGAACUCCAUAAAAGAGGCAAAGUGCACGCUGAGAUACAUGACUCCACCACCUUGCAGAUGGAUGAAUGUGUGUCUCAAGGACAAAGCCAGAUUCGGUAUAGCCAGUUAAAAGAGCCAAUCAACUCUGAUACUGUAUCUCUGAGAGCAGCACACUUACUGUCCAGGAGUUUAGGACAGCCCUGAGGACAGCAUUCCCUCUUAAGUCAGAUGAAGAAAUAAAUGAGCUGGUGGCUGCGACUCAGAGCGAACCAGACAGCAGUUAACACCAUCUCUUCCCAGAGAUGCGACAGCUUGGUACAUAUCAGGAGAGAUUCACUGAGGUUCACUGUCUUUUCAGGCUGAUUUUAGUUUAUGUACUCUGCAAAAUAAGACCUUUGUGCUCUCAUUUGGUGAAGAAAUUUAACUUUAACAUUAACAGAAAUUAUGGCCACAAAUACUAAUGUGGCCGUUUCAGUAAAGAAAUGUCAAAUUAAAACAAUUUUUUAAAAUAUAUUGAGCUUUUGAAUAGUCUUCUGCUCAGCUUGGAAGACUGAUUUUUUUUAAUUUUUUUUACUUCAAUGCUCCAACAGCUUGCAAAAUUUGGUACAGCAGCCUUCCCUCCAGCUCUUGAUAUACACACACACACACACACACACACACACACACACACACACACACACAUAUAUAUUACAUUUAGUUACUGGAGACCUAAGUCUCAAACAAAUCAUUAUUAGAGAAAACAAAAGAGCUAUGAUAGAACAGCAUCUCUACAAUUCUGAAAAAGGCUGGUCUUACAUGAACAUUACUUUAACCUAGAGAGCAAUGGUUUGAUGAAAACCCUACUUCUAAAAGAUAAUUCUUGAUAAACAGUAUAGGGAAGAGGAACUAUUUCACAUUAGUGCAGAAUUCUUACAUGCUUACUUACAGGAAAACCCUGAAGAAAGGGCAGUAUCUCUCCAAGUAGGUUUCAUUCAUGCGCACCUCACAGACUAGUGACAGCUCAUUGCAUUAUCAGAAUGAGUGGUCCUCAUGGAGCCAAAAGUCUUGUCAUUGUCAAGAUCUGACACUGAAGCGUCAGUCACCUGCAGAAAACUGAGUAUCCCAUUCAGAGCUGUUGGGUCUGCUUCUUCACUAUCAGCAUAAUGAGCCAACAAAAGCCAAUCCUGAUUUUGCAGUAUCUUAAGAAAUGCCCUUUUUUGGGUUCUGAUUGAUCUUCUCUGUGUAAAUCUGACCACUUCCCCAGAGAAAAGCAUUUCAGUAACCACUGGGAAAAGAGGGCUCUUAUGAAAUGAGAGGUUUAUAAGUGUCAUGUCCAGUAGUAGCAAGAGCAACAGAGACAAAAAAAAAA